UAACUUUGAGUUGCCGUGCAAGUGCAAAGUCCUUCUAUCUUCCGUUAUUGUAUCGCCGUGGAUAAACUCAAUUCGGUUCGGUUUCGUGCGAGAAUCUGUGAGUUUUACGUGUAUUCCGCUUGUUUCGUCGUGAUUUAUCAAUUCUGACCGUUUGCUGUUAACGUGAUUUCAGAUUUAUUACAGAAAAUCGAUGGUCAACAAGUGCAGGUUAGGUUACACCAUAGUACAGCCAAGCUUCCUUCCUUCCUUCAAUACUUGGCUAGAGGUGCUGCCACGCAUUUGUGUACACUUUCUGGCUCUCUCUCUCUCUCUAGUUACAUUUUAUUUAUUAUAAAAAUAAGAUGACUGAGAUGUCUGUAAUAGAAAUGCCAGUUGCGUCCGAGGUAAAGUCAAGCUGGGCCGACGAGGUCGAAGAGGAAGGAGGAGUGCUGCCCGUACCCUCAGAGGUCUACGAGAACGGCCACAAAAUACUUACUGAAUACAAAUACAAUCAAGACGACAAGAGGGUGAAAGUGGUGCGCACCUUCAAGGUGGAACAACGCGUAGUGUCAAAGACGAUCGCGGCGCGUAAGAAUUGGGACAAAUUUGGGGACUCUGAAGACGAUAGGCCGGGGCCUAAUCCAGCGACGACUGUUAUCGGUGAAGAUGUCUUUAUGCAAUUCAUAUCCAGUAAAGAGGAGGAGAACAAGGUGGAGGAGGAUUCGUUGGAUAAACUGAAAAGCAUGGGUGACAAGGGUGUCGUCAAGUGCCGUAAUUGCAACGGUGACCAUUGGACGUCCAAAUGUCCGUACAAAGACACUGUUCUCGCUGGAGGAAAAGUGCCAGACGACAAGAAACCGCUUGUGAACACGGCCGUACCAGGUGCAAUGGUAGAACUUAAGCCGCAAGGUGGCAAGUACGUGCCGCCCGGUAUGCGCGACGGCGGCAACAAGCGCGGUGAUUCCAUGCAAAUGCAGAGACGAGACGACACGACCGCAAUCCGAAUCUCCAAUCUCUCGCAGAGCACCACUGAUGCAGAUCUGGAUGAACUCGUAAAACCCUUCGGGUCCGUGGUAAAGCAAUUCUUGGCCAAGGAGAAACUUUCCAAUCUCUGCAAGGGCUUCGCAUACGUUCAUUUCAAACACAGGGCAGACGCAGCGAGAGCGAUUACAACUCUGAACGGUUAUGGCUACGAUCACCUUAUUCUAAGUGUAGAAUGGUCAAAACCGCAAGUUCAGAGUAACUAAGAUUGAGGACUGCUUUUAUAUUUAUUAUUGUACAUAAUACCAUUACAUUUAUUAAUGUACAUAAUACCAUUAAAAUGAACCGCCGUUCAAGAUUUAA